AUUCGGCAAUUUUGCGCCUGUCCCCCGAUAUCGCUUGAUCUCAACGUGGCAUUAGCCAUAAGAUUAAUGCCUGCCAUUCUAAUUAAGUGUGCCCAUCGGAGGAAGCCUGCAGCGAGUGCAUUCCGCGGGCAUUCCGUAAAUGGGCAAACUUCCGACUCGAACUUCUGGCCCGUUAACUUUGCCAAGUGCUCGGCCACUGCGGAGCUCUACGUGACUGCCGUGCGGAUCAGGUACGGACUCCGUCCACGUAUCAUUGUCCGCACGCGCGGCGAGCAGUUGAAAGAGGAGCAGCACCGGAACUUUGGCUGGAAACUUUGCUUGCUUUGCCAACUUACCAGCCAGCUAUGCCAGCCCAAGACAAGGGCUGACAGUUUUAACAACGCCGCACUCCCCUGCUUUAUUAAUUACACAAGUUGUCUCGGCAAAUAUUUUUCACUCAAAUUAAUUUCUCCCAUGUGGCCACGACGGCAGCUGUCGCCGGGCUUCGUGCAACGCCCCCCCAGUAAUUACCCUUCGCACGGAGUGCACUUCUCGCAAGAUGAUGGAGCAACAAUCUAUUCGGACACCUACAGCUAA